AGCUGACCUCCGGCCCGGCCCGCCAAUCGGCGGCGUCAAAUUUCGGCGAGACGCGCGGACCCACGGCUAGCGCGGCUAGCUCCUCGGCUAGCCCGGCUAGCUCCUCGGCUAGCCCGGGCGUCCUCUCCCGAGUUGUCUUGAUUUCUUUAGGUGCAAAAUGUCCGCCAAAGAGUACAAAGUGUCCACCACGGAACGGCCCAUUAAAGCGGUGCCGUACCCUCCGGGGGCCCGUCUGUCUGUGUCUGAGCUGUACGUGGACGAGCGCCCCAGCGUGGAGGUCCUGAAGGCGCACCUGCUGAAGGAAGGCCGGCUGGAGGAGGAAGCGGCCCUCCGCAUCAUUAACGAGGGCGCCGCUAUCCUGCGCCAAGAGAAGUGCAUGCUGGACGUGGAUGCACCUGUCACAGUGUGCGGCGACGUGCAUGGACAGUUCUUUGACCUGAUGAAGCUUUUCGAGGUGGGCGGCUCCCCCAGCAGCACCCGGUAUCUGUUCCUGGGUGACUACGUGGACAGGGGCUACUUUAGCAUCGAGUGCGUCCUGUUCCUGUGGGCUCUGAAGAUUAACCACCCGGACACGCUGUUCCUGCUCAGGGGAAACCACGAGUGUCGGCACCUCACUGAGUAUUUCACCUUUAAACACGAGUGCAAGAUGAAGUACUCGGAUCGCGUGUAUGAGGCGUGCAUGGACUCUUUUGACUGCCUCCCUCUGGCAGCGCUGCUCAACCAGCAGUUUUUGUGCGUCCAUGGGGGCCUGAGUCCCGAGAUCAGCAGUCUGGACGACAUCCGCAAGCUGGAGCGCUUCAAGGAACCCCCGGCCUUCGGGCCCAUGUGUGACCUGUUGUGGUCCGACCCCGGCGAGGACUACGGCUCCGAGAAGAACCAGGACCACUUCAGCCACAACAGCGUGAGGGGCUGCUCCUACUUCUACAGCUACGCCGCCGUCUGUGACUUCCUGAUGAACAACAACUUGCUGUCGAUCAUACGGGCGCACGAGGCACAGGAUGCUGGUUACCGCAUGUACAGGAAGAGUCAGACGACGGGCUUCCCCUCCCUCAUCACCAUCUUCUCUGCUCCAAACUACUUGGACGUGUACAACAACAAAGCGGCGGUGUUGAAGUACGAGAACAACGUGAUGAACAUCCGUCAGUUCAACUGCUCGCCGCAUCCUUACUGGCUGCCCAACUUCAUGGAUGUCUUCACGUGGUCGCUGCCCUUCGUUGGAGAGAAAGUGACAGAGAUGCUGGUCAACGUGUUAAAUAUCUGCUCCGACGACGAGCUCAUGACCGACGCCGACGACCCGGGAGAAGGCGGAGCCCCCGCUGUCCGGAAAGAAGUCAUCAGGAACAAGAUCCGGGCCAUCGGGAAGAUGGCCCGAGUGUUCUCCGUGCUCAGAGAGGAGAAUGAGAGCGUGCUGCAGCUGAAAGGGUUAACGCCGUCUGGAACGUUGCCGCUCGGCGUGUUGUCGGGAGGACGGCGCACGCUGCAGAGCGCCACGGAAGAGGCGGAGGAAGCUCGAGGUGGUGACGACUUCAAGCCACCUCACAGGAUCCAAAGUUUCGAGGAGGCGCGAGGCCUGGACCGCAUCAAUGAGAGGAUGCCGCCGAGACGAGACACCCCGCCGCGCAGCGACAAUGGAACGGACGAGGCCUAGCCCCUCACCCUGGCUUCCUGUCCUCUCUUCCUCUUUCUCAUCGACACCCGGACGGUGCUGGUGGACUUUUGUUUUUGUUUGCACGACGCGACGCAGGGGCGGGGUUUACAUCCUCAAUAAACAAGGCAAAAUUA